CUAGGGACACCCACAGUCAGAGAGACUCCAGACUGGGCAAGAAACAGAAUCUCAGCCCAGACUGAACAGCACACAUCAUCAAGAGGAAGAAGUCUCUAUUUUCUUACCUUUUAAGCCAGAGAAGAUGCCAUGUGAAGGCUGCAUGGGGAGGGACAAUGUGAGCACUGGUGAAACCAUGGAGUUCCUCCUGCUCGGCUUCUCUGAGCUGCUCCGUCUGCGGAUCCUGCUCUUCCUUAUCUUUCUCAUUGUUCAUUUGGUCACCUUGGCAGGGAAUAUGAUGAUCUUCUUGGCGGUGGUUAUGGAGCCCUCACGUUCUCCCAUGCUCUUCUUCCUCUGCCAGCUCUCAGCCAUCGAGCUCUGCUACACUUUAGUCAUUGUCCCCAAGGCUCUCCUCAGCCUGGCGAGGGCGGAGGGCAGCACCAUCUCCUUCCUGGGCUGUGCUGUGCAGAUGCAGCUCUUCGUGGCGCUGGGGGGGGCCGAGUGCUUCCUGCUGGCCGCCAUGUCCUACGACCGCUACGUGGCCAUCUGCCACCCGCUGCGCUACGCGGCCCUGCUGAGCGAGGGGCUGUGCCUCCGGCUGGCCCUGCUCUGCGGCCUGGCGGCCUGCGCGCUGGCGCUGGGCCUGACGGCGGCCGUGUUCCGCCUGCCCUUCUGCCGCUCCCGCCGCAUCGACCACUUCUUCUGCGACGUGCCCGCCGUGCUGCACCUGGCCUGCACGCACGGCUACGGGCCCCAGCUGCCCCUGCUGGCUGCCUGCCUGCUGCUCCUGCUGCUCCCCUUCCUGCUCAUCCUGGCCUCCUACCUUCGCAUUGCCGUGGCGCUGUCGGGCAUCUCCUCCUCGGCGGGGAGGGGCAAGGCCUUUUCCACCUGCAUGUCACACCUGGCCAUCACCUUACUGCACUACGGCUGUGCCACCUUCAUCUACAUCCGCCCCAAGUCCAGCUACUCACCGGCUCGAGACAAGGUGGUGUCUCUGGUCUACACCAACAUCACUCCUUUAUUGUAUCCCCUCGUUUAUAGCCUGAGGAACAAGGAAAUUAGAGGGAUCCUCAGGAAAAGGCUGAGGAGGAAGAAAAUAGCUCAGGUGAACGGGGAUGCUAUCAGAGUUGUGAUGUGUGUGGGGUAAAUUUUAGUAGAAAAAA